ACUGAACCAUCCCAACGUGGUGGCUGCCCGCGAUGUCCCUGAGGGGAUGCAGAAGCUGGCACCGAAUGAUUUGCCACUGUUGGCCAUGGAGUACUGCCAGGGUGGAGACCUCCGCAAGUACCUGAACCAGCUGGAGAAUUGCUGUGGCUUGCGGGAAGAGGCCAUUCUUAUCUUGUUAUCUGACAUUGCUUCUGCCCUCAGAUACCUUCAUGAGAACAGGAUCAUCCACAGGGACCUGAAACCAGAGAACAUUGUGCUGCAGCAAGGGGAGCAAAGGUUAAUACACAAAAUCAUUGACCUUGGUUACGCCAAGGAGCUGGAUCAGGGCAGCCUGUGCACGUCCUUUGUUGGGACUCUGCAGUACCUGGCUCCAGAGCUGCUGGAGCAGCAGAAGUACACAGUGACAGUGGAUUACUGGAGCUUUGGCACGCUUGCCUUCGAGUGCAUCACAGGCUUCCGACCGUUCCUGCCCAACUGGCAGCCAGUGCAGUGGCAUACAAAAGUGCGUCAGAAGAGUGAGCUGGAUAUUGUUGUUUCAGAGGACUUGUCUGGAGAAGUCAAGUUUUCUAGCAGUCUGCCCUGCCCAAACAAUCUGAACAGUGUUUUGUCGGAGAGGCUGGAGAAGUGGCUGCAGCUCAUGUUAAUGUGGCACCCACGUCAGAGAGGGACAGACCCUACCUAUGGACCCAACGGGUGUUUCAAAGCUUUGGAUGACAUUUUGAACUUGAAGUUGCUUCACGUUUUGAACAUGGUCACGGGAACGGUGCACACCUACCCUGUGACGGAGGAGGAGACGCUGCAGAGUGUGAAGGCCAGGAUUCAGUCAGACACAGGAAUUCCAGAACAAGACCAGGAGCUGCUGCAGGAAGCAGGACUUGCAUUGUUUUCUCAGAAGUUGGUCACUAAACACACAGCUGAUGGCAAGGUGAAUGACACUGCAGCUGCAGACACAGACCUCCUCUUCCUCUUUGAUACCAAGAAGGUUUCCUACGAGGCUCAGGUGGCCCUGCGGCCUCAUCCCGAAAGCGUCGACUGCAUCCUCCAGGAUCCCAAGAAGAAUCUGCACUUUUUCCAGCUGCGGAAGGUGUGGGGUCAGAUCUGGCACACGAUCCGGAUGCUGAAGGAGGACUGCAACCGCCUGCAGCAGGGCCAGCGAGCAGCCAUGAUGAAUCUGCUGCGUUACAACAGCACCCUCUCCAAGAUGAAGAACUCCAUGGCCUCCCUUUCUCAGCAGCUGAAAGCAAAGCUGGACUUCUUUAAAACAAGCAUCCAGAUCGAUCUGGAGAAGUACAAAGAGCAGAUUGAAUUUGGAAUUACUUCUGAGAAGCUGCUGUUUGCCUGGAAGGAGAUGGAGCAAGCUGUGGAACUUUGUGGGCGGGAGGAUGAUGUGGACGAGUUGGUGAAGAGGAUGAUGGCCCUGCAGACGGACAUUGUGGACCUGCAGAGGAGCCCCCUGGGCCGUAAACAGGGAGGGACACUGGAGGAUUUAGAAGAACAAGCCAGAGAGCUGUACCGAAGGCUGAGAGAGAAGCCAAGAGAUCAGAGGACGAGUGGUGACAGCCAGGAAAUCGUCCGACUGCUCCUGCAGGCAAUCCAGACCUUUGAAAAGAAAGUUCGAGUCAUUUAUGCUCAGCUCAGUAAAACUGUAGUUUGCAAACAGAAGGCAUUGGAGUUGUUCCCCAGAGUGGAGAAAGUGAUGACUCUGAUGAGUGAAGAUGAAGAAACAGUUGUGAGGCUUCAGGAGAAACGACAGAAAGAACUGUGGAACUUGCUGAAAAUUGCUUGUAGUAAGGUCCGUGGUCCUGUCUCUGGCAGCCCGGAGAGCACGAACAGCUCACGGCUCGGCAGCUCGGGGCAGCUGCUGCUGCAGGUCCCCUCUGGAACGUACAGUCUGUCAGACUCUGUGAGGAAAAG